AUGUCGAGCAAGGGCUGGUUUAACCUUGAAUCGAUUGGCGGGACCAUUCCGGAGACACAAUUCUUCGAGGGCGAUUCGGCGUUCAGCUUCCUCGGCUUGACCAGGAAGCAGCGUUUGUACGGAUUUGUGGCUUGCUACGGCAUUGGCUUUAUUCUCAGCUUGCUUGGGACGAUCUUAUUGCUUCUAGGCGGGUUGACUUCUUUCGCUAUUCUCUAUGCUCUCGGGACUAUCGUCUCGCUUAUUGGAACCGGCUUCUUGAUUGGCUUCUCGAAACAGCUGAAACUUAUGUUCAAACCUGUUCGCGUUGUUGCAACCAUUAUAUUUCUCAUCUCUAUUGGGCUCAUCUUCGUGGGCGCCUUUGCUAUUGGCAACGGUGUCAUCUGUAUCAUCUUCGUGAUGAUUGAAUACGUUGCAUUCCUAUGGUAUACGUUGUCGUAUAUCCCGUAUGCGCGCCAGGCUGUCCUCGGCUUCUUCGGUGUAUCAUAG